CUCCUUCGACAAGUUGAAUCCAAGACCGAAGCGAAACUGAACUGAAGCCCAAAAUCAUGAAGGCAAUUAUUACAUCACUGUUAAUUCUGGUGAUUUUGUUGGCGGGAAAAGCUGAACAAAGUCGAAGAGGUAGGAAACAUUUUAUCAGUGUUGUUUGGGUUGGGUAUGCAGACCACGUAAUAUUGCAGAUUUUAGCAUCACUUCAGUAUUGUGGUUGCAGUACUGAUUGAUAUCUUUUGUGUAUUGAAAAUAUUUCUUUUUUCCGGAUUGACCAUCUAUAUACAGUAUAGGCCUAUUCGCUGUUCGAUUUUCAGGCAAUACCAAUGUUCAGACAAAUGCUAAAUUUCCCAUGAAGAAAAGCAAGGAAAUUUAUAACAAUAGGUUCAGAUAAUUGCCCGAGCCCCGAUAUGUCAUAAAUGUUAUAAUUGUAGAUUCAGUUUUGACCGUUUUGCUGCAGUAUUUCAAAGCACGAAUAUUUUAAGUGAUGGUAAGACGAAAAUAUUUCCCGCCUGAAAAAUCACCUAGUUUACGACAUGGUAGCCUGCGUAGCAGACGGUUUUUAGGGGAGUUUGGGGCGGGGAAAAUUAGGGCGGGUUUCUAUAUGAUUUCGUUUGCCGCCCUUUUCACGCCCAUAUUAAAAGUUUAUUCCAACAGCCAAUCAGAGUUCAACUUUUGCAAUAUUUACAUUACACUAUGAAAUUGACAUGUUGCAAAAGUUGCAAAUAUUUCACUAGUGACGUCAGACAGCUACGUAAACUGUAAACAAGUGCCGCAGGUUUAAAAAAUGAGAUGUUGCGAGUAUGAGUGAGCGAGAUACUCCAAAGAAGACCGUUAACAAAGGAAGAAGGCACAAACCUUUGUCUGUGAAUGAUUUUUGCAGGUUGUGUAAAUUUCCUUUGAAAUUGAAAUUCGGAAAUUUUGAGAAAACCUCAUACGUAUCUCCCGAACAGCUUUUCAAGCCACCAUUUAGGCAAGAUUGUAGUGAGAAGACUUUGUGUGAACUGCUGACGGAGUUAAAUAUAUCCGUUGAAAGGAAAGCAGAGUUAUCUGAACGGGUUUGCAAGUCUUGUGAUCGGAAAAUACGCAAUGCAAACGGCCUUUUUGCGUGGAUAAUUUCUUUGGGCAACGUGCCUAAUUUUGACGAUGAAAACCCUGGCAGAGAGAAACGCCUAUUACCGACAACAGUAGAUAGCCCUGAACGCAGUCCGCAAGCAAAAAAACAACCGAAACCUUCAAUCGAAAGAAAGACAAGCGCCAAAAAAUCAUUGUUUUCAAAGGACAAUAUUAGGGAUUCGGAAUAAAAAACAACCGAAGGUGAUGCCGACGAAAAUAAUGAAAAAGAUGAUCGCGCUGCCGAUAAUUUUCUAGCGGCAAUGAACAUCGAACAGCUUGUUCACCAAAAAACGACCACCCUUAGUUAAUAAGGUGCUACAAUCGUGUCCACUUUGGAUGGCUUGUGUGUCGGGCGCAUGCAAUGCUAUUCUGAAAUGAAACUAAAGGAAAUCAACGCGAUUACUUUGGCCUCCGCCGUGGCAGCCCGAUGUCGAAAUCAAAAUAUGUCAGCAGUGGCAUAUCCCAUUUCUUCUCUUCUAAUUCAUAGCGGUACUAAAUACAAUGACAUUCGGCGUUUGAAUAAACUUUCUGUUUGCAUGUCUCCUGAAAUGAUUAUCGAGAUGGAAAGGAAAAUGGGCGAAAGCUGCGAAAGAAAGGUUCUUGUUUGGAAGAAAGAGAUCGAAAACAACCGAAAAGCCAUGCUACUUCUGGAAAAAACAAAGGAAAAACAAGUCAGUGUGCCAAACGAGGAUGAUAUGGAAGUUGAAUCUACAGUAUGUUUUUCUGAGGAAACAGUAUCCGAGUAUUAAAGGAAUACCGAAUGGUUUUCCGUGCAGGAUUGCGUGAUCCAUGCACGCGGGAUGUUGCGAGACUGCACGGGCUGCACUAUCAACGAUGACCAUUUGGUAGAAGCAAUAAACUUUUUGUCAUGCGAAAACCUUCCAUUGUACAAGUAAGUAAUUGUCACUUUUAUUUCGACUCGUGUUUAGAAAACAAAUGAAAUAUAAUAUACAUGUACACUAAUUGUGUACUCUAUCAAUUAUACGCGAGCGAAAAAUGUUCCUUUUAUAGUAUUUGUUUUUGUGACAUGUAUAUAAAUUAGUUAUUGCAAAGCGUUAUAUUUCUAUUUUUAAAUCGUACUCUGAAGCAUUGUUUUAUAAUGCAAGCAUACAAAGGACCCAUCAAUGUUUAUUUAUGUUAUUUGUAAACAUAGCAUACGAUUUCUAAAAAAGGGCACAAUUCUCAACACAUUUCGAAAUGUUUUAUCAAUUUUAUGGUUGUUCAUCUCUGGACUCUAUACGGGACAGUGGCGUAGCUAGCGGUCCUGCUUGUCCUGCCCAGCAGGACUAAAAAUUUCCCCAAAUUUCCUUAGUAAAACAUUACUUUAUUUACCUUGAAGCUUUAAAAAUAUAUUAUUAUCAUACUGUUAUUUUGUAUAAUUUUCUCGUCUUUUUCGUUAUUAUUUUUUAAAAGUUUCCCGUAUUCUAUUACAUUUACGCAAUUUUACAGCUUGCCGUGUCUGUUACCUAGCAACUGCAACUCUAUAAAAGCUCAUUUCCGGGCAAUAUAUUGAUUUACACGAGCUCGUGUUUCAGUCCUGCCAUUUUCAAAUGGCAGGACUUGCUAGUAUAUUUCAUAGUAAAUUCAUACAAGAAAUCUUGCUUUCUGAUUGGAUAAUUAGAUCUGCGCAUGCUCAAACCGGCUGUUUACAAAUGCGAAGUCCUGCUCUCUCGAAAUGGCAGGACUUGGCCUUGUAUUGUCUUUACUUGCGAGCUUUCCGCGUGAUUAAACCCACUUUUUACUAUGUCAAGAUUACUCAAGUGAUGAAUAUGGAAAUCAACCAGCGUGAAAGCCCAUUGUGAUUUGGAUAUAAUUUCUGGCUUCUGCUAAGAUAUUUUAGCUCACGAAAUGCAUGUCAACAGACUCGAUCGUGUAUUUUGUGUCGUAUUUUGAUAUAAAGUAUGAACGUAUUUAUAUUUGCCAGUUCAUCUGCUUUAUGCAUUGCUGCUAUUGCAUGAAACGAGGCAUGAAACACGAGCGCUUAUAUGGAGUUUAAAAAUGAUAUAGCAACCAUUUAGAUUUACAAAGUUUAUGUUAUUUAUGUAGAUAUUUGGCCGCAUUUUAAUAUACUAUAUUUACUUUAAACGCUACGGCAAUUUUAUUAUAUUUAAAUACCAUAGUCAUAGGCAUAGCGUACUGAAUUAUACAAUCAGAGUACCAAGCGUAGUGGUCCGUAGUUGAUACCACUCCGUUUAUUAAACAUUACUAACAAACGUAGUAAUUUUUUAACGAAUGCUAGCCGUAUAUGUAGUCAUUGUAGUGUUGUAUAUUCAACAGGCGCUGCAACAAUUGUUCAGUUACGCAAUUGCACGUUGACCAAGUGAAAGAUCAUAUUACAGACGUGUAUUGAAAACAUGAUAUUUUCCUCUUACACCGACUUGACUAUAUUUAGCUAAAUUUUUAAGUUGAAAAAUAUCUGAUAGUGAAAUAUGAUAAAUAUGGAAAUACGAUUUUAAAAAGUGACAAAUUUUUUUCUAGAAAAGUAUCUAAUUUUUUUAUGCUGCCUUUGGAGUAUUUUGCCGUGAAAUCGCAGGAAAUGGCCAUUCCAGACUUCUAAAAUUAAAAAUUUUCCGGGGGAGCAUGCCCCCGAACCCCCCUAGAAUGUGUAACUUUUAGAGCAGGACCUGUCGAACUUCACUAGCUACGCCACUGAUACGGGAGAAGCAAAAACAAUAUGGACCUAAUGCCUAUGAGUCAAAAAGCAAGCCUAUGCGUUUUGAAAAUGUCAUUAUAAUAGAAUUUUUCCCAUUAAGAGUUAACUGUCUUUUCGUUUUUGAUUUUUUUGUGUAGACUAGUCGGUGAUAACAUUGACAUUAAUAUUCAAGCAAAGAUUCAUAGUCAGACACACACACAGUGGCGUAGCUAGUGAAGUUCGACAGGUCCUGCUCUAAAAGUUACACAUUCUAGGGGGGUUCGGGGGCAUGCUCCCCCGGAAAAUUUUUAAUUUUAGAAGUCUGGAAUGGCCAUUUCCUGCGAUUUCACGGCAAAAUACUCCAAAGGCAGCAUAAAAAAAUUAGAUACUUUUCUAGAAAAAAAUUUGUCACUUUUUAAAAUCGUAUUUCCAUAUUUAUCAUAUUUCACUAUCAGAUAUUUUUCAACUUAAAAAUUUAGCUAAAUAUAGUCGUGAUAAUAAUAAUAAUAUAAUAAUAAUACUAAGAUAAGAUAAUACUCGUCGUGAUUCUUUUCGUUCCCGUAGUCAUUGCUUAGCUACAUCCUGAGCCUGGUAAACUAAAAGCCACAAUUUAAGUGCAUACUUCAUGCUUUGCUUUAUAAACAACACCCACGCGAAUAUUUGAAAUUCCGGAUACUUUGAUAGGUCGUAAAAGGAUAAUUAGGAAUUCUUGUGGAUAAACGGAAAAGCUGCUGACCGACUGGUACGCUUGCACAAUGUGCGUCAUUUCUGGCCAUGUUAGAAACAAAAUAUAAAUAUAAAUUACUUGCCUUUAUUGCACAUUGACCUAAGAAUUGCAAGCUUUCCAUAAGCUUCUUUGAAAGCUUUCUUGUCAUUCGACUUCGAUGAUUUGCCUUUUAUAUCUCUACACAAAAAAGACGAAAAACGUCCCAAUGUACCGAUAUGCGAUAUGAAUACUUAGAAAUACAGUACCAGAUUGGCGUCAAUGUCAGACUACAUAACUAUACUUUUAGAAGAAGCUGUUUCAGAAAACCGGUCUUACCGUUUUCCAGUCCAUGUCUCAAUUGUAUGAGACUCAUCCACAACUAUUGCUUCCAUAGACUUGUAUAAUUGUGAGCCAUCAUCCUUGAGAAUAUCAAGAUACUAAGCACAUUCUCAAUAUGAAAGUCAAACUCGACACUGUGCUCCAAAGCAGACGCCAUGUUUGUCUAAUUAAGUUGAUAUAAUAAUUUAUUUAAUAAUAACUUAUUAACAGCCGUUGGGUUUUUAGCCAAUCACGUAUUCUCAGUCCACCAGUGAACUGGCAAACGAAAUCAUAUUGAAACCCGACAGACGGUUUUUCUCGUCCUCCCGCCUAACUUUACCCGCCCUAAUUUUCCCCGCCCGCAACCUCCCCUAAAAACCGUCUGCUACGCAGGCUAACGACAUGGCGACUAGUUGACGUCGCAUAUUGCAUGAGAAGAUUAAUUAUAAGUAAAAAAUAAUGGCAGAGUAUGUGUAAUCUAGGUCGUCAUCUGUAAAACAGUAAAAGUUUUCAUCUGAUAAACAUGCAUGCUAGUAAUUAAAUCACAAAAUAGAACGUAACUGUUUACUGCUGAAAAACUGAGCAACCUAGCUAUAUACUGUAUUCAGUGUACAUGUUACAAAACAUCCUUCCUUUUUUUAUUCGAAAAUUUUGUAGAAAAGAGGUGGAUAGCUAUUUAUGAGUUUAGCAGAAUGAUCAAGUGCACAACCCAUAGAUCUCCGCUGAGCUACAACCGCUAUGGCUGCUGGUGUGGAAGAGGAGGAAGUGGGAAAAUCGUGGAUGCGACAGAUCGGUAGGGGGUGAUAGUUGGAGCAUCUGUCGUGUAAAAUAUGAGACUGGUGUUUGCAUUUGCUUUCCCAUUAAUAUUGCUAUUUUUCCACUCCGGUUUCAUUCUCGUACCCAGAGCCCUCGUCGCGCUCGGUCGAACGCGCGUAAGAAGGGCUCUGGGUACGAGAAUGCUCCGGUUUCAAUUGAUAUUGUCCAGGUCAAUGACAAGUUGUCUAGGAUAAUUUUCACUGUUCAUUCUUCAACACAUCUUUCAAGUUUCCAAAUCGAUCCAUUCUCAAAAUCCGAGCUGUUCCGAGUAGAAUGCAAAUUUUUGUACGAGUUCUAUUGAGGUGUAUGUACAUGCACCAUUCAUUCUCGUACCCAGAGCCAGCGCGACGAGGGGCUCUGGUCAAAUCCAUAUCAAACUGGCAUCUGAUUGGCUACAACGAAGGUAAUAUUAUUGUUCGAAGGAUAUAUUCUUUUACCAUGUUUUUAUGGUAUCCGGUUUUGGAUUUGGCCAGAACCCCUCGUCGCACCGCGCGUAAGAAGGGCUCUGGGUACGAGAAUGAUGCACGAUACACUGAAGAUUGUUAUCCAGUCUUUUGGGGAUUGUUUUAAGGGCUCCUAUUACUAGCGGACGCCUUCCACAUCUUUUUGGUAGGCCCCAUAGUGUUUGUUUAUUUUUCUCUUCCAACUUUGUCCGUAAGUGUGUACCUUACAUAAGAUUUAAAGUAGAAUAAGUUUCAAAAUUUCCAUCAACUGUGCACACAAUUGAAAACAUGCAUAUGCUCACUAUACGAAUUCAAAGUAAGCUUGCGUGUCACCAUAGUUAAUAGAAUAGAUGGUUUGGAAACUCAUUAGAAUAACAAUAUAACUCAUUAUCUAUGUUAGUCAACGAUUAUUCAUAAAUAUGAUCCUUCACCGUCACGUGUGUAUUGUAUUUUUGCCAAAACUACCAACAGCAAUUUCCAAUUGCCCCUAUUGUUCGAGUCACGGAUAGGUAACUUUCCUAAAACAUUACUAUUGGAUAGUUUGGCAAAAAUACAAUACGCACGUGACGGUGAAGUACCAGAUAUAUGAAUAAACGUUGACUAACGUAGAUAAUGAUUUAAAUUGUUAUUCUAAUGAGUUUCCAAACCAUCUAUUCUAUUAACUAUGGUGUCACUGAGCCUAGUGUCGCUUUUAAUGAAUACAAAUUGCUAAGAAAAAUGUCUGCACGUGAAAUGUUGUUAUUUUGUAUUUUCGGCCGGUAUAUUUUGCUUCAUAUGAUAUCAAAAGCUAAAAUAAAUCGUUAAUCUGAUUGUAUAAGAUUUAAAAGCAUCAAAAGUGUAGUUAUUGUGUUUUUUUUUUCAUUGGGAACUGGUUUAAUUAUACUGUAUUUGUAAGUUAUUAUUCGCUACGAUCUUAUAUAUAGACUAUGUUUACAUUGUAUGGGAUUGGUUUUCGCUUCUUUCGCGAAACGUUACGGCCCUAAUGUAAACAUCUUCCGCCCCCGCCCUUCUAUGCCUUCUUCUUUUCUUGCAUACAUUUACCAAAAACAAAAUUAAUGCAUGCGUCAUUUGAAAGAGAGAGCAAACUGUGCCCGUAAAUAAGGUUACAAUAGCAAUUAAGUGUUUGUUUGCUAGACGCCAUCUUGAAUCACGAAUUGAACCCAAGACAAUGCUAAAGCGAUUGGUAAAUAACCAUGGGCUCUGGUUACUGAUAGCCACCUGGUAUAGUGUAACAAGAUACAACACGGGUGCAAACAAAGAGCGCAGUUGCUUGGUAACAGGACAGAGAUGCAACAAAAUUGCGUAAUAUAGUUAAUCUGCGACUGUUGUUUGAUCUUUUUAUGUCAUUCAGGCUAUUAUUGUUGUCUUUUAACCUUUUCCUAUUGUUUAUCAUAUCACAGAUGCUGUUAUGAACAUGACAUGUGCUAUAAAUCACUAGUGAAUAGUGGUACAUGUGGUGGUGGUGCCUGGUGGUGGACGAAUUACAAACGUAGUGGUUGUAAUGGCUGUUGUAAGUUUAGAGACAUUCACUUCUGACGUUUUUUGCAUGUCCAGGUAGUUCCAACUGAUUUAAUGAUUUAGCACUUCCUUUUGAAUAUAUAAAAUCAGCAAUGAUUCUAUAAAAUUUCAGCAUUAAGCAACAGUGGUUGUGGUGCCGAACUUUGUUAUUGUGAUCAGACAGCAGCAAGAUGUUUCAGCAGAGCAUCAUUCAACACAGCUUACGAAAACUACGACAAAGGCAAAUGCUAGUGAACAACAACAAUGAUAACAGUGAUAUAAUACAUAACAUUCAAGUUUUCAAAAUUAUUACAAAAUGAAAUAUGUAGUGAUAGUACCAUGCAUGGUUUUAAAUUAAAUAAAUUCCCACGAUUAAAAUGAUGUAUAUGAACCGUAUAAUUAUAUCUUAGUUGGAAUAACGGAAUGACGGGAACGCACUGAAAGAUAUUAAAGUGCCAAACUUAGUUAUUUUAUCUUUCGAGGUCAAUGCCUGUAUUGUCAUGUGCAAAAGUUAUUUGUUUUCUGGAGACAUCCGUUUCAACAAUGUAAAUCGUGAUAUUAAUUAACUAUAUAAUUAUAACUUAUGCAUGCACUGAAACAACAUGUUCUAUCUUCUGAAAAUAAGAGUCUUGUUCACAUGUAAUUUCUAAAAAAAUUGUCAGAUAUACAUGCAGUAAAC